AAAAUGUCAGUGCGUCUUAUGGAGCGAAUAUGGAGCGGCCGGUCCAGGAUUUCCACUGCCGCCGUGUCAGAAUACCGGGCCGGCCGCUCAGCUGUACAGCGGGACCUUAUAGAGAUGACUGCUGACCUUUGGGGAGGGAGGGGGAGCGGGUACCUGAAUUUGACAGGUACCCGCUCCCACUUCCGUGGAGUUGUGCUUUCAUCUUACCCGUUCCUCUAUCCAGCGGCGCGGUCUUCCCGGCUUCUGUCGCAGUCAGUCAUCCCCUGUGCUGUUCGCAGUCUCUGUGUCCGCAUCUCCUGUACUGUGUCCGCAGUCUCUGGU